AUGGCAGCCAUCCUCGACGGUGCCUCGGAAGCCGACCUCAAGCGCAUGGCCACUCUCUGGCUCUACUCCGACAUGACCGCCACGAACUGGGAGGUCGCCCACGCCGCCUACGACCCAGACAAGAAGACUCAACUCGCCUCCUUCAAGACCGUCYCCAACCGCAGCCUCGCCAAGUACAAGAAGCUCGUCCAGGACGGCAAGUCGGAGGAGACUGCUGCGAAGGCCGGCGGUAGUGCGGCGGCUGCUGCUGGUGGUGGAGAGACUGCUGAGAAGCUCAAGAAGCCUGCUGCUCCUGCCAAGAAGCGCAAGGGCGCUGCUGUCAAGGAGGAACCUGAGGAGGGCGGCGAGGAGGACGCUGAGGCUCUCCCUCCUCCUGUCAAGAAGGCUAGAGCGCCUCGUGCGAAGAAGGGUGCUAAGAAGGAGGUCGCUCCGGAGGAGGUCGCUGCUGAGGAGGACGGCGAGGCGGAGGAUGAAGUUUUCAUUUGA